GGUAUCACACAGGACAACAACCACCAGCAGCAGCACCAGAGCAGCAGCCGCUGAUCCACCAGAGCAGCAACAUGACCUCCAGCAGCAUGAACAUGAUGAGCAGGAUUGUCUUCUACGAGGACAGGAACUUCCAGGGCCGUUCCUACGAGUGCAGCAGCGACUGCGCUGACAUGUCGUCCUACCUGAGCAGGUGUCACUCCUGCAGGGUGGAGAGAGGCUGCUUCAUGGUCUACGACCGCACCAACUUCAUGGGCAACCAGUACUUCAUGAGGAGAGGAGAGUACGCCGACUACAUGAGCAUGAUGGGAAUGAGCGACUGCAUCAGGUCCUGCCGCAUGAUCCCCAUGUACCGCGGCUCCUACAGGAUGAGGAUCUAUGAGAGGGAGAACUUUGGAGGACAGAUGCACGAGCUGAUGGACGACUGUGACAACGUCAUGGACCGGUACCGCAUGUCCAACUGCAUGUCGUGUCACGUGAUGGACGGACACUGGCUGAUGUACGAGCAGCCCCACUACAGAGGCAGGAUGAUGUACAUGAGGCCUGGAGAGUACAGGAGCUUCAUGAACAUGGGCAUGGGCAGCAUGAGGUUCAUGAGCAUGAGACGCAUCAUGGACUCCUACUAUUAGAGUUGCCAUGGAAACACUGAACAUGAAUCAAUAAAGUUGGUUUAAUUUUAA